CGGGGCGAUGGGCUGAUGGGCGCCGCGGGGCGCAGGAUGCGGCGGGCGCCCGCGCGCGUGCUGCUGCCGCUGCUGCAGUGGCUGCUGCUUUUGGCGCCCGAGAUCCGCGGCGCGCCCGGCUGCCCGGUCCCUAUCCGCAGCUGCAAGUGCUCAGGGGAGCGGCCCAAGGGGCUAAGCGGCGGCGCCCCCAGCCCGGCGCGCAGGAGGGUGGUGUGCGGCGGCGGGGACCUCCCGGAGCCUCCCGAGCCCGGCCUUCUGCCCAACAGCACCGUUGCCCUGCUCCUGAGCAACAACAAGAUCUCCGGGCUCCGGAACGGCUCCUUCCUGGGGCUGCCCCUGCUGGAGAAGCUGGACCUGAGGAACAACGUCAUCAGCACAGUGCAGGCGGGCGCCUUCCUGGGUCUGGGGGAGCUGAAGCGCUUAGAUCUCUCCAACAACCGGAUUGGCUGUCUCACCUCUGAGACCUUCCAAGGCCUCCCCAGGCUUCUCCGGCUAAACAUAUCUGGAAACAUCUUCUCCAGUCUGCCACCGGGGGUCUUUGAUGAGCUGCCAGCCCUUAAGGUUGUGGACUUGGGCACCGAGUUCCUGACGUGUGACUGCCGCCUGCGCUGGCUGCUGUCCUGGGCCCGGAAUCGCUCCGUGCAGCUGUCGGAGCGCACGCUCUGUGCCUACCCCAGAGCCCUGCACGCCCAGGCCCUCGGUGGCCUCCAGGAGGCCCAGCUGCGCUGCGAGGGCGCCCUGGAGCUGCACACACAUCACCUCAUCCCGUCCCUCCGCCAAGUGGUCUUCCAGGGCGACCGGCUGCCCUUCCAGUGCUCAGCCAGCUACCUGGGCAAUGACACCCACGUCCGCUGGUACCACAACCGGGCCCCUGUGGAGGGCGACGAGCAGGCGGGCAUCCUCCUGGGCGACAGCCUCAUCCACGACUGCACCUUCAUCACCAGUGAGCUGACCCUGUCUCACAUCGGCGUGUGGGCCUCAGGCGAAUGGGAGUGCUCCGUGUCCACGGUCCAGGGAAACGCCAGCAAGAAGGUGGAGAUCGUGGUGCUGGAGACCUCGGCCUCCUACUGCCCCGCUGAGCGAGUCGCCAACAACCGCGGGGACUUCAGGUGGCCUCGAACUCUGGCUGGCAUCACCGCCUACCAGUCCUGCCUGCAGUACCCCUUCACCUCGGUGCCCCUGAGCGGGGGUGCCCCUGGCACCCGAGCCUCCCGCCGGUGUGGCCGAGCUGGCCGCUGGGAGCCGGGGGACUACUCCCACUGUCUGUACACCAACGACAUCACCCGGGUGCUCUACACCUUCGUGCUGAUGCCCAUCAAUGCCUCCAACGCGCUGACCCUGGCCCACCAGCUUCGAGUAUACACGGCCGAGGCUGCCAGCUUCUCUGACAUGAUGGACGUUGUCUACGUGGCUCAGAUGAUCCAGAAGUUUCUGGGUUACGUCGACCAGAUCAAAGAGCUGGUGGAGGUGAUGGUGGAUAUGGCCAGCAACCUGAUGCUGGUGGACGAGCACCUGCUGUGGCUGGCCCAGCGCGAGGACAAGGCCUGCAGCGGCAUCGUGGGCGCCCUGGAGCGCAUUGGGGGGGCCGCCCUGAGCGCCCACGCCCAGCACAUCUCUGUGAACUCGAGGAACGUGGCCUUGGAGGCCUACCUCAUCAAGCCGCACAGCUACGUGGGCCUGACCUGCACGGCCUUCCAGAGGAGGGAGGCCGGUGCGCCGGGCACCCGGCCCUUGGGUCCCGGCCAGAACCCCUCCCCGGAGCCGGAGCCCCUGGCCGACCAGCAGCUCCGCUUCCGCUGUACCACCGGGAGGCCCAACGUUUCUCUGUCGUCCUUCCACAUCAAGAACAGCGUGGCCCUGGCCUCCAUCCAGCUGCCGCCCAGUCUGUUCUCGUCCCUCCCGGCUGCCCUGGCCCCCCCGGCCCCCCCAGACUGCACCCUCCAGCUGCUCGUCUUCCGAAACGGCCGUCUCUUCCGCAGCCACGGCAACACCUCCCGCCCUGGAGCCACUGGGCUGGGCAAGAGGCGCGGCGUGGCCACCCCCGUCAUCUCUGCGGGAACCAGUGGCUGCAGCGUGGGAAACCUGACUGAGCCGGUGGCCGUUUCGCUGCGGCACUGGGCUGAGGGGGCCGAGCCCGUGGCCGCUUGGUGGAGCCAGGAGGGGCCGGGGGGGCCCGGGGGCUGGAGCUCCGAGGGCUGCCAGCUCCGCUCCAGCCAGCCCCACGUCAGCGCCCUGCAGUGCCAGCACCUGGGCAGCGUGGCCGUGCUCACGGAGCUAAGCGCCUUCCCCAGGGAGGUGGGGGGCUCAGGGACAGGCCUGCACCCUGUCGUGUACCCCUGCACAGCCCUGCUGCUGCUUUGCCUCUUCUCCACCAUCAUCGCCUACAUCCUCCACCGCAGCUCCAUCCAUGUGUCCCGGAAGGGCUGGCACAUGCUGCUGAACCUGUGUUUCCACAUGGCCAUGACCUCUGCCGUCUUCGCGGGAGGCAUCACACUCACCAACUACCAGAUGGUCUGCCAGGCGGUGGGCAUCACCCUGCACUACUCUUCACUGUCCACACUGCUCUGGAUGGGGGUGAAGGCCCGUGUCCUCCACAAGGAGCUUACCUGGAGGGCACCACCUCCACAAGAAGGGGAUGCUGCGCUGCCUGCCCCCCGACCCAUGCUCCGGUUCUAUUUGAUCGCGGGAGGGAUCCCGCUCAUUAUCUGUGGCAUCACAGCCGCUGUCAACAUCCACAACUACCGGGACCACAGCCCCUACUGCUGGCUAGUGUGGCGCCCCAGCCUAGGAGCCUUCUACAUCCCGGUGGCUUUGAUUCUGCUCAUCACCUGGAUCUAUUUCCUGUGCGCGGGGCUGCGCUUACGGGGUCCUCUGGCACAGAGCCCAAAGGGGGGCACCAGCAGGGUCUCCCUGGAGCCAGGGGAGGAGCUGAGGGGUUCCACCAGGCUCAGGAGCAGCGGCCCCCUCCUGAGUGACUCGGGUUCCCUUCUGGCCGCUGGGAGCGCAGGGGUGGUGACGCCCGGGCCCCCGGAGGAGGGUGACGGUCUCUAUUCUCCAGGAGUCCAGCUGGGGGCGCUGGUGACCACACACUUCCUCUACCUGGCCAUGUGGGCCUGCGGGGCUCUGAGCGUGUCCCAGCGCUGGCUGCCCCGGGUGGUGUGCAGCUGUCUGUACGGGGUGGCGGCCUCCGCCCUGGGCCUCUUCGUCUUCACCCAUCACUGUGCCAGGCGCAGGGACGUCAGGGCCUCCUGGCGCGCGUGCCGUCCCCCCGCCUCGGCGUCCCGAGCCUCCCCGCGGGCCGCGCCCGCCGCCCCCGAGGACGGGUCCCCGGCGUUCGGAGAGGGGCCCGCGUCCCUCAAAUCGUCCCCGAGCGGCAGCAGCGGCCCCGCCCCGCCCCCGGGCCCCUGCAAGCUCACCAACCUGCAGCUGGCGCAGAGCCAGGCGUGCGAGGCGGGGGCGGCGGGCCGCGGGGAGGCGGAGCCCGAGACGCCAGGACCCCGGGGGAGCCUCGGCGCGCGCCACCCGAACAACUCGCACCACGGCCGCCGGGGCCACAAGAGCCGGGCCAAGGGGCAUCGCGCGGGCGAGGCCGGCGGCAGGAACCGGCUCAGGGCGGCGCGCGCGGGUGCGGCCGGGGCGGCCGAGUUGCCGUCGGGCGAGAGCGGCAGCCCGCACAACAGCCCUUCCGACAGCUACCCGGGCAGCAGCCGCAACAGCCCGGGCGCCGGCCCCCGGCUCGAGGGCGAGAGCACGCUGACGCCGUCGGAGGGCAGCGACACGAGCGCCGCGCCGCUCCCCGAGGCCGGCCGGCCGGGGCAGCGCCGCAGCGCCGGCCGCGACCAUCUCAAGGGCGGCGGGGGCGGCGCGCUGGAAAAGGAGAGCCAGCGCCGCUCGUACCCGCUCAACGCGGCCAGCCUGAACGGCGCCCCCAAGGGCGGCAAGUACGACGACGUCACCUUGAGCGGCGCCGAGGCGGCCGGCGGCGGCUGCAUGAAGACGGGGCUCUGGAAGAGCGAGACCACCGUCUAGGCUGGGGGCGGGCGCCGCUUCAGGACGGGCGGGCCGCGCGCGCAGGAGACCCCGCUUCUCGGGGGCCCUCAGAGACGUCGAUCGGUACGUCCCCAGGAUUGAGGUAGAGGUGCCUCGCUGCGCCCGGGCUCGCCAGCUUUAGUCCCGGAGGCUGGGGAAAGGACAGGCACAGGCCCGCCACUGCGAAGAGGGCCAUCCCUCUGGGGUAGCGACAGACAAUCCCCGAACCGCAGGCGGGACACGUUUCCGUCCCAGAGCAGGCUGGUUUCGGCAGCCCCUGCCGUCCAGGCUCGGGGGGAAGGUCCUGUGGGGCUGCGGAGUGAACAAGAGCGGCAGGGACAGCACAGCUCAGGCGGGCUUCUCCUAAGGUACUCCCCGCACCUCCCGCCCCGCUCAUGGUCGGCCAGCAGCCUUACCGGGAACACACGGGCGAUGGGGGCCUGAGUAAGGUGUUCUCUCCUCACUGCCCUUCUCUGAAUCAGUCACCCACCUGUGCCCAGAUCCUAGGGCCUCUCUCCCACCCAGUUCUGACUGACUAGGGAGCCAGCCUAGCAGAUGAGCCAGGUGACCAGGACCAGUGGGAGGAAACAAGGUGCUGCUUUUCGGAUCAACUAUGCAAAAGGAGCAGGUGGGGCAGGGUGAAAGGCAGCUUUAGAGAUCAACCAGCCCUCUGGAAGGGGGGCAGGUGGAAAGGUGCACCAUCAGGGCUGGAGGCCAUUCCCACAGGACUGGGACACACAGCACACGGCAGGGCUCAGAGGUGGCACUUCAGAACAAAGGCCAGGCCCUACACCUAAGAAGGU